CUUUACCAACACUAUCCUACACACACCCUUUGACUUAGCCAACUUUCCUCCAUUUCUCUCUUUUUUUCCAUAUUCUUCCUCUUCCUGUCACAAAAAACAGCAAUGUCUAGCUCCAGAAAGAAGGUUCAUCUGAACACUGUCUCUGUCAAACUAGGCUGUGGAAGCUGCAGAAGACUUAAACUAAGCAACAUCUUCAACCCAAAACCCAAACCCAAAAACCCCACUUACCAAAAACACAAACUUUACAACAACAACCACUACUCUUCCUCUUCCUCAGGUCCUUGGAAUGAAGACAAAUAUGAUACCACAAGCACCACAAACACAACCAACACUAACACUGCCACAACAUUCUCACCUCUCUACUCCUCCAACCUCUCUGAUACAGAAACCUAUGCCAAGGACCAGAGAAGAGUAGGAGGUUUAGGAAGAGGCGGAGGAGGAGAAGGUGUGGCUGUUGAGAAGGACUCUGAAGACCCUUAUCUUGAUUUCCGACACUCCAUGCUGCAAAUGAUACUGGAGAAUGAGAUAUACUCUAAGGAUGAUCUUAGAGAGCUUCUCAACUGUUUUCUUCAGCUGAAUGCUCCUUAUCAUCAUGGUGUUAUUGUGAGAGCUUUUACUGAGAUUUGGAAUGGUGUUUCUGAUAAGAGGGGUGGCUCACAUAGGGUUCAUGCGAACCGUACCCGUAAGCCACGUGAAUAUUAACUGUUUUGUUGGAAAUGUUUUAGUUAACCAAAUAUAGCUGUGCUAUGUGCUAUGUAUUAGGUUGAAUGUAGUUCAGCUAUGACUUUACUAUGAAGUUGCUAGUACUAACGUUGUACUGUGUCGUGAUGCAUGUUUUGCUGAUUCUGAUCUAAGUGUAAAAAAAAAUGGAACUUUUGUUUGUCCUAGUUGAAGAAUAACAAAGGUUUUUUUUAAUUUCAUUUUCUGUCAUCUAAUGAUUCUCAUUAAGGAUUUUAAUAGUAGCAAUUAGAAUCACAACUCACAAGUUAUAAUUAAGAAUGAAUUAAAAUGGUAAUUUCCAUUAUUUAUGGACCAUGUUGUGUUUGUGUAGAGAAUACACUAUACACAAUACACAAUGGAUUAGGAUCUGUAUCCAUGCACUGUGUCUGUGUGGUUGGACUUGGUUGAGUUAAGUUUUGGCGUGUAGGAUAUAGUCAAAGUAAAUGCUUAGUUUUGAGUACUGAGAUGAGAUGGUGGUCACUGGUGGGAAAAUAUAGACAUCGGGAUUUGAAAUUUUAUGUAAUAAGAAUUGUCUGAUGUAAUAGGGACAGAUGGUUUAAUGAAUUUCAAUGAAGACUGAGAAUAGAAACUUUUCAUUCUGACA